AUGGGCUGGCAUCGGUGCGGUGAGAAACCAAAUUGUAUUGAUACCAGGUACAAGAAUAAUAUAUGGAGGAGGUUCAUACAUUGCGAGAAAGAAGCAAAUGGACGGAUUUGACGAACUGAAGCGGUUUAUAGCAGCUGCUGAGCCAGACAAUUAUAUGUGGCUUGUGAUGGGCAGUGGAGGACGGGAAAAUUCGGAGGUGAGGGGCUCACAAAAAACCCCUGCUGUAGAAGCUGGUUCAGUAGAAAAAUUACCCGUGGAAGGAUCCUUACUCAAUGAAAAGGCUAGCUGA